GAGUAAAUACAGAUAAUACGCGAGAUCAAUAUUAAAGACUGAUUUUUAUCUGUGUAGCUGUGUGUCUAGCUACCUAUAUGUCUGCUUGUCUGUCGUAUUUGGCAGAUAGCAAGCUAAUCGCGGUAAGACUGAGCAAUGCAGAAGGAAGGUAAUCAUGUAAUGACAAUAACGUCCAUCUACAUAUAUACGAGUACAUUCCCAUACGAUCAAGUAACAGAGGCAGAACACACACACACACACACACACACACACACACCACUUAUUCAUACAAAAUUACUCUUGGGAGGGCGUUACCAUGAGACUGAUGAGAGAGCUGUCGUGACAACGCCUCUCCCUGCAACAUGUCCAUGACCCACUAACACCUUUGACUUCUUUAUUGAUUCAAUCGAUCACCAGAAUAUGGGUCAGCCUGCGCCUUGGACUCGCUUCCUAUUACAUUAAUUCGCAGGUUCUUUGUGGCUGGAGUCUUGCAGUAUGGUAGAAGUUGGUGGCGACAAUACAGUGCGUCCGUUCCGAUCCUCUCUGAUGUAAAAUUUCAGGGGACUCUUAGCUAUGGUUAUAUAUCUAUUACUUUUGCUGAUCUACUUUUUUUUUUCUGCGCCCUCCCCUUCCACUUGUUGCUCGUCUGCUUUACUUUCACUUGCCGUCUACUGAACUAAAAUCACUCUCUCACUUCUAAUUCAUAGUUUUGUCAUUUAUAUUUUGUCACUGUCAUUUCCAAUCAGUCAAUCUAUGUAUUUCUUUCUUUCUCUAUGUCUUGUUUAGCUAAAUUUAUCUUGUUUUCCAAGUUUCAUCUCUGUUCUGUCCCUGGCUGGAGUCUGUACCGGGCACCAUACCGCCACACUAAAACUGGUGAGGGUAGCCCGCUGCUCUGUCUGGAGUUUAACUUUUACCCAGAAACAGCUGACAUUGGAAGUUUUUGAGUUCGAGCAACCUAUAAAUGGAUAGUUUGGUGAGAGUGUAAGCCGUAGCGGGAUGAUGACGCAUCCAAUACAAAUGCUGUGUCUCAGGAAGUGAUUAAUUCCAUCCGGUAUUCUGAUGGAUUUGUUUUUGUGAAACGAGAUUUCUUAAAGUUCAUCCACAAUGUCGGUGAUGUACGGAGGACAAGAACUCAUUGAGGACAAGUCAUGCUUCAGGGCACAAAUUGGAUGUCUGUGUGGCACCUCAUCAUGUCGUUGUUGCUGCCGCUUUUGCCCAAGCGUAAAUGAAUCUACAUCAACUAGAAUUGUUUAUAUAAUGUUUUUAUUCUUUGGUGUAGCUAUCAUGGCCCUCAUGAUGUCGGAGCAUGUGCAGGAAGCUAUCAUGGAAAUGUUUCCUGAUGAGAAUGAAGUGUGUUUAUGGCUGGGUGCAGGAGAGAAGUGUGAGGCAGCAUUGGGCUACACAGCAGUGUACAGGCUUGGAUUUGCGAUCACUGCUUACCAUUUCCUGCUAAUGUUGAUCACAUGUGGUGUGAAAAGUAGCCGAGACUGCCGUGCUGGACUCCAUAAUGGAAUGUGGUUCUACAAGUCCCUUGUUCUGAUCUUCCUUUGUUUUGGUUCAUUCUUCAUUCCAGACUCAAAUCAUCUGUUUAUCAGUGUUUGGAUGUACACUGCCAUGGCUGGUGCGGCAUUCUUCAUUGUGAUUCAGCUGUUCCUGCUGGUGUUUCUUUAUCACUCAUGGACAGACAAGAUAGCAGCAAGAGUUCAUAAUGGAGGGUCUUCAUGCUGCUGGUAUGGAGGAGUGGCAGUAUCAGUAUCCAUCCUGAUGUAUCUCAUCUGUGCCUGUGGUGUUUUCCUGCUUGUGAAGUUCUUUGUACCUGAGAUGCGUUGUCGCCUCAACCUUUGGUUUAUAGGUAUCAACGCUGCUUCAUGUGUUGCAGUUUCUGUUGUGGCCAUAGUAAAGAAAGGUCCAAAAGACAUUCGGUUACGACUUCUUCACUCAUCCCUUGUGUGUGUGUAUGUCAUUUACCUCACCUGGAGUGCCAUUGGCAGUGCUCCCCGUGAGCACCAAGAGCAGACAGAUGUUUGGAUUGGACCAGGGCAUGAUGUUCACACAAGACCAUUAUUACCACAUGAGAAAUUCUACUGUGGACCAAAAGUGGAAGACAAGAUGGUUGAUGAAAUUCUCCCUUAUAUCACUCUGCUGAUCACAUUCAUCACAGUCAUGUACAGUGUUGUAGGCACAGCAUCCUCUGAAAACUGCAAAGCCAUUGAGUUUCCAAGUUGUCCAUCCCAACAGAGUGUACAAAGGCACAAUGUUGAAGAUAUUGGAGGACAGAAAGUAGCACGUAAUGAAGCCAGUGGUGUGACCUACAGCUACCCACUCUUCCACAUAAUGCUGGGCCUGGCCACACUGUACUUGAUGAUGAGUCUCACCGACUGGUACUCUCCCUUCACUGCAAAUCUCAUGACAUUUGGGCGCUCGUGGUCAGCUGUGUGGAUCAAGAUAAUUUCUAGUUGGGUGUGUCUCAUUAUAUAUUUCAUAGUAACAAUCUUCCCUACAAUGCUCCCAAACAGCCAUUACCGCACUGCCCCAAUUAAUGUGUCUGUAAUUAAUGGGUAUGCUGGGAGUCUGCGUAGUGUUCACAGUCUGGAUGAUGAGGCAGCUGUUCCACUUUCACCAAGUAAACAAACUGCCACUGUCCAUCAAGAGACUACUGUUUAGUCUACUGAUGGUUUAUCACACAGUGGCAAGGAUAGAGAUUUUCACAUCAUUUUACAAGGAAUUUAGUUGCUUCCUCAGUCAAUAUGUGAAAAGGUAAUAAGUGUAUUUUCACAUUAUAAUAAUUGUGAUUUAAGUAGCUGUUUGCUUUCACCAAGGAAUAUGCAGACAACCUGUAAAUUGUGACAUCUCAUGUAUGAGGCAGUAUCAUGCUGCAUUGACAAAUUUUUAUAUUUUAGGAGCAUUACAAAUAUUCUGUGGCUAUUGGAUUGGUUGGCAUUUCUCGUCACUAUUUGCAAUGAGCUAGAAUGUACGUAUCAUGAUGAUAUUGCUUGCAGGUUACAUAAGUUUGGUAGUUAGAGAAAGAUCUCUUAUUCCCAUUGUUACCCCUUUGUCUUCCUGCAUUUGAGAAGAUAUUAGAUUUCUUUGCUACCUAGGGGCUGUGGAACUUCCCACCAUAGCAAUGGCAUUGUUAUGGUGGAUUAAGCAAAAAUAUUGCAUAGGCAGGCACAGUGUGUCUUUUUCAUUACAUUAAUGAACACUGAAUAUUAUUUUGCCAGGUUCACCAAAUUGUUCCUAAUAGCAUGCCAGGAAAAGUGUUCAGUGGAAGUGUGCCACAGCCUUUAGGUUAAGAUACAAUAGGCAGCUAAAUGGAUUUUAUGAAUAUUGUUAUUUGACAUUUUUACAGUUUACAUAGUCAUGAAUUUAUUUACUAAGUUUUUAUAUAAAGAUCCUGUGGAGCCUUGAUUGUAAUUUGAUAUCUUUCUUGAUAUUUUAUUAUGUUUAUCAUGAUUUUUUUUUUUUUCCCUCUCCCCAAAAGACAAGUCCCAAGUUUGCAAGAGCCUGCCUUGGUCACCUGAUGACACCUUUCCAAAUUUGCAGUUAAUACAGUAAGAUAAGCGACAACACUCGGUCAUUACAACAUACAACUGCAAUAAUGCACUGAAGUUUUAAUAAAUAUUUAAUCGGAAUAAUGAACCAAAACUGGCAUAACAAACUCGCCACUAGUGCAAACACUGGAAUUUUGAUAAAAAAGUUAAUUAGAAUAAAGAGCCAAAACUAGCAAGACAAACUUGCCACUAGUGCAAGCAUUGAAAUUUUAAUAAAAAUUUAAUCUGAACAACAAACUAAAACUCACAAGACUAACUCUCCAGAUGUGGAAGCUGCUGCUCACCUAUCCGCCACCUGUCCCUUCCUCCCUUUUUUUGUUUCCUCUCCCUUCUUUCAUCUUGUCUCAAACCUCCCUCCCUGUCACCUCCCCUCCUUAUCUGUCAGAGAUAAGGGACAAGGGAGUGAUACCCCCCCCCCCCUCUCUCUCUCUCUCUCUCUCUCUCUCUCUCUCUCUCUCUCUCUCUCUCUCUCUCUCUCUCUCUCUCUCUCUCUCUCUCUCUCUCUCUCUCUCUCUCUCUCUCUCUCUCUCUCUCUCUCUCUCUCUCUCUCUCUCUCUGUAAUUCAUUUUAUGUCAUUUUCCCUUCAUUGUUUCUCACUCUCAUAUACAUAAUGCCAUUUUCAUUCCCAAUCAGUCUCAUUCUAUGUAGCAAUCCUUAGGAUUGUUCUUAUUUUCACAGAGAGAGAGAGCUCUAACUUAGGCAGGGUUUACUGUAUGUAAACCUGUGAUACCAACAUUGGUAAAUAUGACCUAUACUUGUCAAAGCAAUGUGAAACUCUGAGUGAUAAUGUGUGAAACUGUAUAUAUUUGUUGUAUUAUCUCAAAUUUAGCAGUCCUUUUUUUUUUUCCAGGAACCAAUUAAAUUUUUCCCAUCAGUUCUUCAGUUGCUAUAAUGAAUGCUAUGUUGGAACGAAUCAUGUUCGUUGUCGCUAACCCAACUGUACUUGAAACUUUUUAAAUUUCUAUUCUUUUUACACUAAGUCUUUCCUCAAGAUAUUCCUUGUCUUCCUUGGCUUAUCCACUGGCAUCUUGUAUCUCACUUCAUAAUGUUUUAUCAUGCUUCACCCAGUCACUCUCACAUCAUAUUGUAUUUUAUAGAUUUAUUUAGCAUUCUGUAAUGUUUUCUUUGCUAAACUUUAAUUGCUUAAGCUUCAGGAAGAAUUUUUAAGCUUAGAAACUUAUUUUUUCAUUUCUGAAAGUUCAGAAUUCCUCUUCAAAUACUAAUGAAUCUCAUAAAGAAUGAAUAGCUUUUUUGUACACUGCAUUCCACAAGCUUUUUUAUAAUAGAUGCUUUCCAGUGUAUGGAGUGUUUUGUUCUACAUUCUGGGCAUCUCUCAUGUAAUUUUUGUUUCCUUUCAAUAAUAGUUGCAUUUUCUCAUGUAUUUUAUACUAUAUACUAUAAUCCCAGUCUUAAAUAUUGGUUAUCCCAUGAAUUGGUUGGCUGUAUAUUUCAUGUGAAUGGUUGUGUACACACUAUUUUAGAUAAAAAUCUAAUUGUUGUGCCUCAGUAGGUAAAUGGAUAGAUAGAUGAAUUUGAUUUUACGCAUCAUACGAAAUAAUAUGAAUAAGAAUGUAUUGUGUUAAUUAAUGUUUGGUAAAUCAAUAGCAAUGUUGUAUUUUUAUUUUUAAUGUAUUCAUGAUUUUACUGUAGUCUGAGAUGUGGAGAAUUUUUGCACAUUUCAAUUUGAAUUAUUGCUUCCAACCUUCUUAAAACUCUGUCCAUAAACAAACUGAACAACCAUAGUGACAAUGCACAACUUAAUCUCAAAUUUAAGUCUACUUUAUUGUGAAAUUUUUACUUUUCUAUUUUUUGAUAUAUCAACUUUUAUAAGACCUGUGUGUGUGUGCGUGUGUAUAUGUGUGUGUUGGAUGGCACUAAAAAAACUAUAAUUUCCAGCAAAAAAAAAUAAAUAAUAAUGAUAAUAAUAAUAAAGAAAUCAAGGAAAUGCUCUAUAGCCAAGCAUUGCAAAAACAUCUUACUUACAAAGUCCAUUCUAUAUGGUUACUAGUAGCUUCUCUUUUGGCACCUGGAACAACAAUCCGGUGUGUGCAUUAUCACCAUACUGUGACAGUUCACUAGAGUAUGGAAAGCUUGCAAAGUUCUAAAGAAAGCCUAGACCAAGAAAGGAAUGUAGAUUACUCACUUGUGCAAAUUAUGGUAAUGAAUUUUAAUGCAAAAAAAGGGAAACUUAUUAAAAAGUUGCUAUACAUGUAUAUAUUAAUUUAUGUAAUGAGUGCUGAAAAAAUGUAAAGUUUAUAUUGAUAUUUUAUAACAACCCUCUGACUGUUUGCUAUAUUGUUGGAUGUUUUAAUGUGUCCUAAAUUGCUGAAUCAUAGCAGCAUGUGGGAAAGAACAUAAGCACUAUGGGAAAUAAUGUAGCAGCUUUUAUCUCAAGUGUAACUACAUGUUUUAAUCUUAAAAGAAUAUUUAUUGUCCUUCAAACUUUGUGUCAAAUUUCAUGCCAAAUAAUAACAAAUACAGUGAAUUCCUCUUAUAAAAGCUGCCAUUGAUUGUGUAUAUUCCAGUUAUGCUUUUUCUAAAGUUUUAUUAGUUUAUUUAUGAGAAAAUAUAUUUUGAUCUUCAUUAA